GCGUAUGUUCUAAGACGUAUUUCUGCAGCCUUGAGGCGGGAGCUGCUGCAGCUUACAGUACGAAUCACAUAUUGUAUGCAGCAGAGGAAUAUCCCUGAAGUUCGAAUUAAUACUGACAUGCAUGUGGAGGUAGAGUCUGGGCAGGGGCCAGUUUCGAAGUGGCAUGUUCCUUUUUCUUUCAUAGCUGGAUAAAUUUAUUGUUUUUUGUAGAUAUUACGCAACCCUCCCAAGCUAAUUUUGACAUUAAUCCCUUAAGGUAUAUUGCUAUGCGUAAAAGCACAACUACCUUGUGGAGAAAUUUCAAAGCGGAAAAUGUCCCCUUCCGAGUAUCCCGAGAUAUAUUAAAGGGCAAGGUGCUACAUGCUGCACUGCCCAUUACCAUCUACAUUUCUAUGUGUCUCUGAGGCGCAAAUAACCAAAAGUCGCACGAUGCAUUUCUUAUGCCUUCACGGAAUGGGAACAAAUAGCGAUGUAUGUGCUUCUUCCGCCCCCCUAAUCUACUCGACAGCCAAUCAAAUAAAUUGCCGAGUUGCGAAGUUUAGGCAACAAGCUGACAAGUAGUAUCAUUUAUAGACUUGCGCUUCAAAUCGGUAUGCAGUUACCAUCUAUAGCAACUCUCCCGUCAGUUUCACAUCUUAAUGUCACUGUUAGCAACGAUACGUUAUGAACUGGACGAUCACCAUACAUAUGAUUUUGUUGAGGGAGCAAUCCCACACCCCAUAGCUCCAGGUAUGAAUUCAACACCAAAAAAUCUGUGAUUAUGGGGUGCUAACCGACCGUAGGACUUUCCGAUCUUGUACCAUUAGGGACGGAAACUUAUGCCUAUGCCGAUGCGACCUCCGCUACAAGUUGUGCCAAAGCAUUUACAGAUGUUGAAGCUUAUGUCACAGAGUGUGGCCCGUUUGAUGGGGUUAUCGUAUUUUCAAAUGGAGCGUCGCUGGCUGCUACCCUUAUUAUCCACAAACGACAGUGACAAGCCCAGAAAGACGAAGGCUCCGUCUUCAAAUGUGCAAUCUUUUUCUCAGGAGGGAUACCAGGGGAUCCCCAGGAGCUUUUAACACAACAGAAGAUUCGUCUCUUGAACUCUGUGACUGAUAGGGAGGUUAUUAAAAUUCCAACUGCGCACAUUUGGGGCUCAAAUGACACAUUAUACCCCGAAUUUGAAGUUGUUCUGAGGUCGCUGUGCAAAAAGGAUCUCAGAGAAGAAUAUGUGCAUGAAGGAGUUCAUGAGAUUCCUAGACCAGGGGACAAGGUUGCUGUCGCAAACGCCGUGAGAAUAAUCAGGAGGACUAUAGACAGAGCACUUACUCUACAAUAA